UCUAGGCCGCUGUAUAUAAUUUCGAAAAACUCACAACUGGCCGAUUGGGUUGACCUACCAUGUCUGAAGCCGUGCUGUUCUUCGGAUAAUACAGAAUACUUCGUUAAAUAAUUGUACAUGCGUCUAUAAAUUACUCUCUCAAAGACCUUAGACAAUUGGCUCAAGAUAGAUAUAGGUCGAUAGUUAGUUAUGUCUUGGGUAUCCCCCUUUUUAUAAAGCGGUAUAAUCCUUGCCAGCUUGAGGACAGUUGGGAAAUUACCAGAAGACACUGAUUCAUUCAGUAAAGAAGCAGCAGGCUCAGAUAUUAAAGGAGCCAAUAAUUUCAGGGCCCUGACAGAUAUCAUAUCGGGACCUGAGUUACUACUAUUCUUUAGACAGCAAAUGAUGGAUGAAAUUUCCUCGGCAGUAGCGGGAAAGAAGAAGAAAUUACUAUUAAGGGAAGUCUGCAAGGUGCAUGAACCAGACAAGGAACCGCCAAAGUGUAAUUAUCAACAGCCCAGCUCGUCAAAGUACGAAACAUCAAAAAGAAAUUUAAAUUUAGGAAAUGAAGUGACCAACUCCGAUGCGUCUACCCUAAGAAUUGACACAUCCCCUCCAGAUAAAGUUAUUAGGAGAUCACCAAGAUUCAAAGUACCAUCACCUCCUAGUAAUUCACAACAGACAACCUCAUCAACGUCCGAAGCAUUGCCCAUAGUAAAACGAAAUUUAAAUUUCGUGACCCACUUAAGUACAUCUUCCCCUAGAAUUACCUCUGCAGCGAAUCAAAAAUGUUUAUCCUGUAAAGAUUCUACUUAAAUUAUAAGACUCCUGCAUAUAAUUAAUGGAAGAGUGACACAGAAUACGGAACUAAUAACAUCGUUGCUGAGUUCUAAAGCAGAAAAUGUCAUCCAAGAUUUUCCAUCCAAAGCAUCAGUGGAUAUCGAUAUUCCAGCUAAGAGUUACAUCGACUUGAUGGAAUUAGAUAAAAAGCUGAGUGACAAAAACAUA